CGCCGACCAUGUCUGAGAAGCCGACAUCGCGGGUGUGCGUCAAGAACCUGCCCAAGGGUGUGGAUGAGGUCCGGCUGCGGAGGCUGUUCUCGGCCAAAGGCACCGUGACCGACGCAAAGGUGGUGCGGACAAAGGAUGGCAAGUCGCGGCAGUUUGGCUUUGUGGGCUACGCCUCGGCCAAAGAGGCUGCAGGUGCGAUCCGGCACUUUAAUCGCACGUUCAUCGACUCGAUGCGGAUCACGGUCGAGGCUGCGGUGCCGUACGGCGCGCCGCAGGACGACAUCCGCCCUUGGUCCAAGUACUCCAAGGGCUCAUCCGAAUACGACCGCCGCAAGGAGCGGGCCGAGGCUGACAAGGCUGCCACCAAGGCUCGCAUUCUCAAAGCACGCGAGGCCAAGAAGCUCGCCCGCGAGCGGAGGACCAAGGCCAAGGAUCGGGUUCCGGCCGAGCUGCGCCUCGAGUCCAACGCUGAGCUCCUGGGCGACGAGCAGUUUGCCGAGUUUAUGUCAGUGGCCAUGCCGUCGAAGCGGGUGUGGGAGAACGAUGUCACCGUUCCGCUGGGUGCCGCCGCUGCUGCUGCCGCCCCGGCGACCGUUCCGCAGGAGGUCGACGACGGAUCCGGCUCGGGCUCAGGCUCGAGCUCGUCGGCCUCAUCAAGCUCAUCAGACGCCAAGGCCAAGUCCAGGAAGAGCAAGGACAAGAGCAAGGACAAGGCUGUGUUUUCAGAGAAGCUCUCGGACAUGGACUACCUUCGGAUGCGGAUGAAGAAGGAGUCCGACGCUGACGCUAGCGCCGACUCGGGCUCGGGCUCAGGAUCCAGCUCGAGCUCCGGCUCAGACUCCAGCUCGAGCUCAAGCUCGGGCUCGUCAUCGUCAUCGUCGUCGUCUUGCUCUUCCUCGUCUUCUUCCUCGUCUUCUUCCUCGUCUGGAUCGAGCAAGUCAGGAGGUGACGCAGCCGAGGCCGGGGCCGAGGCUGACGAGGACCUGGGGUCGACCGGGCGCCUGUUUGUCCGGAACCUCGCGUUCCAUGCUACCGAGGAGGACCUGGAAAAGGCAUUCAGCAAGUUUGGUCAAGUGGCUGAGGUCCAUAUUCCGCUCGACGGCAACAACAACGCCAAGGGCUACGGCUUUGUGCUGUAUGUCUUCCCGGAGCACGCGCUCAAGGCCAUGUCUGCGAUGGACGGAGCGAUCUUCAUGGGCCGGCUCCUCCACGUCUUGCCGGCGCGCUCUGCGCCCAAGUCGUCGGCCGCGGCGAAUGGGAGCGAGGGCGGGAGCACGUCGUACAAGGCGGCGCGCGACGAGAAGCUCAAGGAGGAGGCGUCACUCUCGCACAACUGGAACUCGCUGUUUAUGCGCGCCGACACGGUGGCCAACGCCAUGACCAACACCUUUGGAGUGACCAAGACCGACCUGCUCUCGGCCGAGGCGUCGAACAUGGCGGUGCGGAUGGCACUGGGAGAGACGCACAUUGUCUCGCUGACCAAGGACGAGCUGGCGGUCGAGGGCGUUGACGUCAAGCGGCUGGAGGAGUCGGCCGAGGCCGGGCGCGCCGCGUCACGCGAGCAGCAACGCAAGGACCGCGACCGCAAGACCAUCCUGGUCAAGAACAUUCCGUACGAGACAACGGUUGAGGCUCUUAAGGCGCUGUUCGGGCGGUAUGGCCCGCUGGCCAAGGUCAUUGUGCCCUCAACCAAGGCGCUCGCCAUUGUCCAGUUCCAGCACAAUAACCACGCCAAGCGCGCGUUCCGCAAGCUCGCGUACGCGCCGUUCAAAAAGGUCCCACUCUUUCUCGAAAUGGCGACUAAGGGCGUGCUGCCGCCGCCGGGGCAGGCCACGGUGCCCAAGCCGGUCCGGGAUUCGGGCUCGGACUCGGGCUCGGCGUCAGACGUCGAGGCCAAGGGCGCCAAGGUGACCCGCGGUGUGACCCUCACCGGCGCCACUGGCUCAGACGCCGAGGAUGAGGGCGACGAGGCGCUGGGCGCAAGCGGCGCAACCGGCUCGGCCCUCUACGUCAAGAACAUUUCGUUCAAGACAUCGCAAGAGGCGUUCCACGACCUGUUUGCAUCGAUCAAGGGUCUGCGCUCGGCUAACGUGGCGACGCGGCGGAACCCCAAGGCCGGCCGGGACGGGCAGGUCGAGCGGCUCUCCAUGGGUUACGGCUUUGUCGAGUACGCAACCCGCGAGGCCGCGCUCGAGGCGCUCAAGAAGCUGCAGCACUCGACGCUCGAUGGCCACGCGCUACAGCUCUCGUUCUCCAAGGCGCAGGUGGGGGCCACCUCGGACGGCGCGGUCCUCGGCGCGGCAUCCAAGCCCGCGCGCAAGCGCAAGCGCAACGCCGACGGCGACGGCAAGGGCACCAAGCUCAUCGUUCGCAACAUUGCGUUCGAGGCGACCCGGAAGGACAUCCGCGAGCUCUUCUCAACCUUUGGCCAGCUCAAGUCGGUCCGCCUUCCCAUGGGCCCCGACCACCAUCGCGGCUUUGCCUUUGUCGACCUCCUCACCCACCAGGAAGCCGUCGCUGCCAUGGACGCGCUGCAACACACCCACCUCUACGGCCGCCACCUCAAGCUCGAGUGGGCCGAGAAGGACCGCGAUGUCGAAGCCAUCCGCGCUCACACCAAGCGCGCCUUUGACUCUGCCAAUCCAUCGGCCUCGCCAGCCGCAUCCGGCCGUCCCUCCAAGCGGCGCAAGGUGGCCGUCACCGAUACCCUUGAUGCCGACAAGGAUGAGGAAUGA